AUGGGGAGAAGCCUUACAAGUGCAAGCACUUUUCCUAAACCGAUUCGACUACAGCAGGCAGGUGUCACAGCGUUUCGUAAUGCCAAGGACCUGGAACGGGUGAUGUACCUGAUUAUGAACAAUAUUCAGCUGGUGUUUCCCUGUGUUGGAUGGACAACAUCAAAUCUGCGUAAGCAUGAACAUAUUCACAUUGGGGAGAGGCCUUACAGGUGCGAAAUUAGCGAUCAGCAGAAGGAAUUUUGGACGCUGUGGGGAGAGGCCUUACAAGAGCGAGGUAUGUGGAGCUUCCUUCAAGCGGUUCCCAACGUACAGGUUAUAUCCAAUGGUUUUUCCACGUUCGCAAUCAUGAGAACAAAUCAGAGAGUUGCACAUCGACCUCCGUUCAAGUGUGAUGUAUGCAGCAAAUACUUCUCUCAUUCAAGCGAUCUGCUAGUACACAAACGUAUUCACACCGGGGAGAAGCCUUCCGCGUGCACGGUUUGUAAAGCAACGUUCAGGACAUCAUCAAACCUUCGCAAGCAUGAACGUAUUCACAAUGGGGAGAAGCCUUACAAGUGCAAGAUUAGCGAUCAGCAGAAGGAAUUUUGGACAAGAGUGAUAGCUUUCAAGUGCUCUGGUCUGUGUGAUCUCGAUUUGAUUAGCGCUCAGCAGAAGGAAUUUUGGACAAGAGUGAUAGCUUUCAAGUGCUCUGGUCUGUGUGAUCUCGAUUUGAUUAGCGAUCAGCAGAAGGAAUUUUGGACGCUGUGGGGAGAGGCCUUACAAGAGCGAGUACACAAACGUAUUCACACCGGGGAGAAGCCUUUCGCGUGCACGGUUUGUAAAGCAUCGUUCAGGACAUCAUCAAACCUUCGCAAGUAUGAACGUAUUCACAAUGGGGAGAAGCCUUACAAGUGCAAGUUAUGUGGAGCCUCCUUUAAGCGAACAAAUCAGAGAGUUGCACAUCGACCUCCGUUCAAGUGUGAUGUAUGCAGCAAAUACUUCUCUCAUUCAAGCGAUCUGCUAGUACACAAACGUAUUCACACCGGGGAGAAGCCUUCCGCGUGCACGGUUUGUAAAGCAACGUUCAGGACAUCAUCAAACCUUCGCAAGCAUGAACGUAUUCACAAUGGGGAGAAGCCUUACAAGUGCAAGGUAUGUGGAGCCUCCUUCAAGCGGUUAUCAACUCUACAGGUUUUAUCCAACGGUUCUUCCACGUGCGCAAGCGUGCGCAAGCAUGAGAUUAGCGAUCAGCAGAAGGAAUUUUGGACAAGAGUGAUAGCUUUCAAGUGCUCUGGUCUAACAAAUCAGAGAGUUGCACAUCGACCUCCGUUCAAGUGUGAUGUAUGCAGCAAAUACUUCUCUCAUUCAAGCGAUCUGCUAGUACACAAACGUAUUCACACCGGGGAGAAGCCUUCCGCGUGCACGGUUUGUAAAGCAACGUUCAGGACAUCAUCAAACCUUCGCAAGCAUGAACGUAUUCACAAUGGGGAGAAGCCUUACAAGUGCAAGGUAUGUGGAGCCUCCUUCAAGCGGUUAUCAACUCUACAGGUUUUAUCCAACGGUUCUUCCACGUGCGCAAGCGUGCGCAAGCAUGAGAUUAGCGAUCAGCAGAAGGAAUUUUGGACAAGAGUGAUAGCUUUCAAGUGCUCUGUACACAAACGUAUUCACACCGGGGAGAAGCCUUUCGCGUGCACGGUUUGUAAAGCAUCGUUCAGGACAUCAUCAAACCUUCGCAAGUAUGAACGUAUUCACAAUGGGGAGAAGCCUUACAAGUGCAAGCGAUCGGCAGAAGGAAUUUUGGACAAGAGUGAUAGCUUUCAAGUGCUCUUGUCUGUGUGA